AUGUCCCUUUAAUUGACAGAGAGUGUCAAUUUUACCAAACCAAAUUACCUUAUUAUAAUGCUGUUUAGAAAUGUUAUAAGGACAUGUAUUUAUGAAAUUCGCAAGUGUUCGUUGCAUCAAAAAAGUGCAGUGCAAGUUGCUAGUGAAAAAUGCGACAUCGAAAGUAUACGAAACAUCGGUAUACUCGCCCACAUAGACGCCGGAAAAACAACAACAACGGAGCGCAUGUUGUACUAUUCUGGCACCAUAGAGCAAAUGGGUGAAGUUCACGAAGGAAGUACAGUUACAGACUUUAUGGAUCAAGAACGACAGCGAGGAAUAACAAUUUGCUCUGCAGCUGUUACUUUUAGUUGGAAGAACCAUAGGUUUAAUUUAAUAGAUACCCCUGGUCAUAUAGAUUUUACUAUGGGUGUAGAACAAACUCUUGGAGUGUUGGAUGGAGUGGUCGUUGUGCUCGAUGGCAGUGCUGGAGUUGAAGCUCAGACACUAACCGUUUGGAGACAAGCUGAUAGAUAUUUCUUGCCUAGAAUAGUUUAUGUGAAUAAGAUGGACAGGCCUGAUGCCGAUUUUCAGAUGUGCUUAAAAUCUAUGGAAUCGAGAUUGGAUGCUGUCACGUUUCCAGUGCAUAUGCCUUUUAAAGAUAAAAAUGGGUUAGCAGGGUUGAUUGAUGUGAUCACUCUGGAAAAAGUUAUUUUCGAUAAGAAGGCACGAGGGAGAACUGUUACAAAGACGCAACUUGUUGAUGAUGAAAAUUCAGAACUUUUGGAAGAAGCUAUAGAGCAAAGGAGAUAUCUUACUGACAAGUUGUCUGGUGUAGAUGAUGAACUGGCAAAUACAAUUAUUGAACAGGACUCGUUGGACAAGGUACCUCCUCAAGCUCUAGUUGAUUCUUUGUACAGGGCAACAGUAUCGCGUAAAGGGGUUCCAGUGCUACUGGGCAGUUCUUACAAAAAUAUUGGUGUUCAAUCUCUAAUGGAUGGAGUAAUACUAUACCUCCCAACUCCAAAUCAGAAUCAGUUAGCAAAAUUGUACAGGAGUUUUGGUAAACAUUUGUCAGCCAGAGUAUUCAAAAUCAUCCAUGACAAGCAGAAAGGUCGGAUUACAUUUUUUAGAGUGUACACAGGAUCACUGUCAAAAAAUCAGAAAAUCUACAACGUUCAAAGGGAUAAAACUGAAAUGAGUGCAAAACUUUACGCAGCCUAUGCCGACGAUUACGAGGAAAUUUCAGAGGUAGGCGCGGGUAACAUUGCAGCUCUUACAGGCUUGAAGUACACAGUUACGGGAGAUCUACUGACGAAUUCCAGCUCUGUAGCAAGUGGUGUCAAAAAACAAGUGACAACCAGUGGCUCCCUAUGCCCUGGAGAUGUAGAAAAGUUAUUUUCUAUUGGAACAAGUGUACCAGAUCCUGUUUUCUUCUGUUCCAUAGAACCGCCUUCCCUGACUUAUGUUGCGCCUUUAGAGUCAGCUCUUCAAGAACUAGAGAUAGAAGAUCCCAGUCUGCGAGUUAAUUACGACUCUGAAAAUGACCAAAUAAUUUUAGGUGGAAUGGGCGAACUGCACAUUGAUAUUAUAAAAGAAAGAGUACGAAGGGAGUACAAAAUUGACGUGGAAUUGGGAGAAUUGCAAAUAGCUUAUAAGGAAACUAUUGUAAAUCCAGUAAAAGACAUGUACGUCGCUCAGCACGAAAUCGCCAAUUCCAAGCAUGAAGUUUCCAUGACGUUCUCAGUGGUUCCAGAUUACAAGGGUAAGGACCAGCUCAUUCUUGAUCACGGCAAGGAUUGUGCUUCCAACAUAGCAGCUAUACAGCAAAAGUACAUGCUUGCCAUUAAAAAAGGCGUCACGACAGCUUUCUCAAGCGGACCAAAGUUAAGCUGUCCCAUCGUCAACACCGCCGCCAAGCUGCACCUUUUCCAAGUCAAAUCAGGAACAUCAGAGUCCAUCGUCUCUGCUGCCGUGACUCAAUGUUUGAGACAGCUAAUGAAAAAAAGUGGUUCGAUAUUGCUGGAGCCAAUCAUGAACGUUGAGGUGGUUACUCUGGAGGAAAAGUCAGCGGGUGUUCUUGGAGAUUUGUCAAAACGCAGAGGAGAAAUUAAAACGAUAGAUGUAAGAGGACGAAAUAAAAUAAUAUCGUGUCUGGUUCCGUUGUCGGAAUUACUGGGAUACUCGACGCAACUUCGAAUAAUGACGUCCGGCCAUUCUACGUUUGCAAUGGAAUUUAGUCAUUACCAGCAAAUGAAUUCGCUUGCUGAGCAAGAUGCAAUUAAAAGAAUAACUGGUUUUUGAAGAAAAAUUAAGCGAAACCAUGAUUUAAUCUGUAAAUAAAUAGUGAGUUUUAAGUAAUUGUAAAUCUUCUUCGGUACUGUAAAUAAAAAAUAUAGUUGUUC